UAAAGGGAUAGUCUCUAAGGUUUAUUUAAACAAAAUAAUAUACUUUUUUCUGCAUUUGGUUUAACAGACCUUGUCAAAUAAUGCUGAUCUGCCAAGCUUUGCACUCAACAGAGUGCCUCACCUAUCACUUAUUUAAUAAACAAACUGCCGGAUUGAAUUUUUAUCAUCCACACAAAAAUUCGGCUUUUAUCUUUGGUCCAUUCACGAAGACCCCUGCUGACCCUGCUCGUAAAACAAACUGCGCAUCCCUGACCGAGGUCAGAGUAGCCGAAGAUGUCGGAGGAGAAGAGAUCAACACGUGGGAGAAAACGAUCUUUAACAGAUUCAGCAAGAAAACGAAACAGAAGUUUGGUUGUGUCAAAAUAUAAUCAAGGAAGAAUAGCUAUAGGUGGUCAGUAUGAUCGUUGGAUGGAAUUAAAAGAGACGCUGCAGCUUAAAACUCAUGCUGAUGUAGCAGAGUACCUGCUUGAUCGGAAUGAAACCUUGACAUUUGAAAGUUCUCCCAAGAAGGUGAAAACUGCAUUAAGUGCAGUAACACCAACACCGGGACAUGCAGCUACAAUUUUCCCACCCAAAUUUUCAGAUGUUUCUGAAAUAUCUUCAGAUCUGGACAAGGGGGACAGAAAUUCAAAUUUAUCUGGUAUAGAGCAGUUUGUAAAAACUGAUAUGAAAACAAAAACUCCAAGCAGUUUCUUGAAUCCUUCAGAUCUCUCAAUCUGCUUAUCAGAAAACUACACCAACGAGGACUCGGAGGAUUCAUCAGAUGAAGAUUAUGAGCCUAGUUACAUAAUGACGAUUAGAGAGGACACUCAGACUGAAGCCAUGGUUGAGGACUCAGAGAACGAGGAUAGCUGUGAUGAGGAAUCAAAUGAUAAUCUACGCCCGGGGAUUGCCAAAAUUUUAACUCAAGAGGAAAUUGAGGGCUGUAAGGAAGAUCAUCCUUUCAUUGUUUACCUCUCUCAGUUACUAACAUUAGCUGAAUUAUGUGUCCUGCCAAACUGUCAGCUUAAAGGAUGCAAAAAACCAGUGCAUUUGGAGAAAGCUGUUGUUGGGUCAGCACUCUAUUUAAAAUGGAAUUGUUCUGAUGGACAUCAAGCACAGCAGUGGUGCUCACAGCCUAUCUUAAACAGAGGAAUGCAUUUAGGGGAUUUGACACUCUCCUCUUCCAUCUUACUCUCUGGAAGCAAUUUUCAGAAAGUGUCAAUGAUGGCCAAAUUUAUGAAAUUACCGAUUGUGAGCAAAAACUCAUUUUAUAAAAUGCAAAGAACGUACUUGAUUCCAGCAGUGGAUGAAUUUUGGACAGAACAUCAGGAAACUGUGUUUAACCAGUUUCAAGGAAGAGAUAUAACAAUACUUGGAGAUGGCAGAAUGGAUAGCCCCGGUCACACUGCUCAAUAUUGCUCCUAUACAUUCAUGGAGUAUGACACCAAGACCAUUUUGCACAUAAUUACUAUGGACAAGCGAGUGACAGAGAAAAAAAGCACAAAUCUUGAGAAAGCUUGUUAG